AUGUUCCUCUUCUCCAAAAAACACAAGACCCCCGUCAGCACUUACACCGACUCCUACCGCCCGCCAUGUUCUGUCAAGAAGACCAUCCAGGAGCAGGCUCCACAGCAGCUCUGGAAAGAAAAUAAGUUUGUGACGCAGGGAUUAACGAUGCCUCCAGUGCAAAAUCCGGUGAGCCAAGGUCAGCCCGAGCAGCUGAUUAAGGCAGCAGUGCAGGAGUACUACAGGAGCACCAUUGAUCCCACUGCCUACUGGCCUGAGAAGUACUGGCUGGCCAGGUCCGAAGAGAAGUACAACCCAGUUUUUGUCAAUGAGGACAAAUACCUCACCUGGAGAAUGGGUCCCUACAACAGCGCAGCCUGGAAUAAGCACUCCUCUUACCUCCCCCUCCUGUCCAAGGAGAUGAGGAUGGAGACCUUCCUGCACAGCAUGCCUAUGCUGUACACACCGAAACCCACCUGCCUCAAUCAAUCUGAGAGGGACCUGGUCGCUAACAUGCCAUGCAGGCUGUCACAGCACUCGCCACUGUCCCUGCAACCCAUGUACACCAUGACAGGGAGGGGACCCUUCCAGGGCUACUACAGCCCCUGCUCUGAGUGCCAUUACUGCCUGCGAGGGAUGGACCACUAUGUUGAUGGGGCCUCUGCCAUCAGAAGGCAUCUCCAUGCACUAGGAGAGAGGGCUGAGUAUCCCAUGCUGCAGUUACAGCCUCAGAGCAAUGUCCUGUACAUCUACACAUCACCCCCAGCCAUCCUCCCCGUACAGGAGCCCUAG